AUGUUGAACGAGAACAUCGAGGAUUCUAAGUAUGUUCUGCUCAACGAUGGAUCACCCACGAUGAUACAUACUCCGCGAGAGAAGGAAUCUGCAAUUGAUAUAACGCUGGCUACGCCAGGAAUUGGUGCAAAGAUCAAAAUUCAGUGGAUUCCCAGUCAUGCAGGCAUUGACGGGAACGAAAUCGUGGAUCAAGCUGCGGUUAGAAAAACAACAGAUCAACAAUCAGAUUUCAAUGGCAUCACUAUGGGAGAUGCCAUAAAUUUGAGCAAGAAAGAAGUCUGGAGCGAUUGGACAGAGCAGUAUAAAAGAACUUCAACGUCGAAAGGAAGAUGGCACUUCAGGAUAGCGGAAACCCCAUACCAAAGAAUAUGGUCGAAUAAUCUAUGGCUAACAGCGUUGCAGAUUAGAAUGUUAAGCAGAAUCAGAAGCGGCCACACACUGACGAAAGAUAGGAGAGCUAAAUGGAAGAUUGAACAAGACGAAUUUUGUGAUCUUUGUGAAGAAACUGAAGACUUACGGCAUGUGCUGUAUUACUGCCCGCGAUACAACAUAAGCAGAAGCAAAUACCAAGUGCUAGAGUACAUCAAACCGCUGGAAGAAAUCUUUGAUGAGAAAUGUGAAGAAAGCAUGCUACAAAUCUACAAGUUCAUCCAAGAAGAGAAAAUACAAAUAUAA